UUAUUUAGAGCAAUUGAGUAUACAUGGGGAUAAGGUAGAGUGGCUAGAUGGGGACGUUGGCAAGUGAAGGAACAGAAAGGAAACGCUGAGAAAGAAAAAAUCUUCAAUGGAACUCAUAGUUCACCCUACUUCACUUCCCUCAUUCCCAAAGAAUGUGAAGUCACAAUUGCAAGGAAGGAAAUAUUCCGCCAUCACAUCUGCACUACCUGAAACGGCAGCAUCAGUGGCAGUCACCGCAACUCUUGUUGGUGCAGCAGUUACUCUUCUUGUGAAGAGAACAAAACCUUCUGAAACGAAAGAGAUUCAAUUCAGAGAAUGUGAAGAUUGUGCCGGUUCUGGUGUAUGUUCAGAAUGUAACGGUGAAGGAUUUGUGCUCAAGAAACUCUCUGAGGAAAGUGCUGAGAGGGCAAGAAAGCUUUCCAAGAAUAUGGCUACUCGAUUCACAGCCGGCCUUCCAAAGAAGUGGAGCUAUUGUGCAAAAUGUUCUUCUGGCCGAUCUUGCUCAACCUGUGGAGGCAGUGGGAAGUUAAGCAUCUAGGUUUUAUCAUCCAAUUUGAGAAGACACAAAUCCUCUGCAUUAUUUACGACCUUGUUGACGGCAAGAUUUAGAGUCAGAUGAUUUCAGUAAACGAAAGCUCAUGACUGAUGUAAAUUCUCGUCUCUGCUGGUGUGGUUAUAACUGCGAUUCCUGACUCUAUUAAUCAUGAAGCAAAUUUUUUAUGUACAUAAUUGAGCGGCAGUGUAAAUCAAGUUUUUCCUUGCAA